UGUGCACCCACACUAACCCAAACUCUUUAUUUCUUGCUUUUCAUCUCCCUAAAUCCCUCGCUUUCUGCUGUUCUUCUCAUUUUCUUUAUUUCACAUACACACUGUGACACAGAGGAGUACAUGUUCCUUUAGUCAAGCCAAAUGUUAAGGUCAGAAUUUCUGUAACUAAUUUCCCAGAAAUUCUCCUCCAACGUGAUGUAAAACACUGUAGGCCAACACUUGGUUUAUGGCUUAUCAUAAUGCCAGUAUAUGUGGUUUAUCAGCCUCAUCCACACACAUAUGACAGCAAAAAUGACAGUCAUUUCCUGUUGAUUAUCCCAGUGUUAGUUGUGCUGCAUCCUGUCUGGCUGCAAGAUUUGCAGUAAAGUUGUUAACAUGUCAGUCAGGGACGCUAGAAAUUUUGCCGAAAAGCAAACAAUACUUGGUGUUCUGGAGUAUACUCAGAAAGGUCACAGCGUUGGAGAGACAGCUGGUGCAGUGUGGGGUUUUUUAUUUUCUUUUGUGUGAUGGAGUCUAGUUUUCUCACAUUUAUUAUUGUUUCUUCCUUUGCGGUAUAUUCCUCUCACUGCGGCACCACAGACUGGGCCGAUGUUGUGGUGGCUAGGGAGGGUAUACCUACCAGCUUGGUCUGUAAUGAUACAAGGGUGAAUGGUACUGUUGCCAUUAACUGGAUGGUAAAGUCUUUUGGUGCAGAUGAAUGGAAACUUGUUCUUUCAGCCAACGAAAGGAAGGUGUUCUCUGGUAGUGCCUGGAAAAAAUCCAUGCAUUUGACUCACCCUAACUUUCAGGACACUGGGGAUUUUUCUCUGUCAUUUCUUCCCAAACUGGAGGACAGGGGUUUCUACUCGUGCUCAAUAAAGCAGCAAGAGAGGAAACUGAAGGAGAGGAUUAUCCUCUUAGCUAUCCUUACAGUCACCAUCGUCCCAGCUGCACCCAUUCCUCAGUACAGCACCCUGCGGCUGAUCGCCAGAGUUGAUCCUGGCAUUGCCAGCGAAAAAAUCACCUGGGCAACACCUGGUGGCACUACCAUGAGGAGCGAGAUUGUAGCUAACACUGGCACAGUGGCUAAACUGCCACGGCUUCAGAACAUUGACAAUGGCAUCUAUGUCUGUACGGUUUACCCUUGGGGUAACAGCAGCAGCUCAUUUUUCACCUUCCCUGUGGAUGUAAUUGUUGAUGAUAACAAAGUGGCCUCAAUCGUCAGUAUAAAACAUGACCAUAUGAUCUCCACAGCCAUUCAGGCUCACGCAUCUUUCCUCCUGACCUGUCCUGAUGUCUCGGGGGACUAUGUCCUGCUGUACUGGAAACCCCCAGACACCAAGAGGCAGAAUGAGACAAAGCGUGUAUAUCAGUAUGACCGCUGGAGGACCCACUCAUUGCCUGAGCAAAGCAAAAAACUCCAGCUGGCUGGCCCACCUUACAAUGCAGAGGCUGGGAGCUUCUCCUUUCUACUCAUCCCUGAGCUCAAAGAUGGCGGCGUCUACAUCUGUGAAGUAUUCCUUAAUGAAAAUGCCUUCAGCCAGAGGACGACACUCAGCGUACUGAAAGUUACAACCAGGCGUUCAUCCUCAGAGCUGACGUUGACGUGCCUGUACACAGAGGUGUCCCAAGUCCGAAGUGCUGAUUGGGAACACCAGAAUAAGAGUCACCAGCUGCUCGUGUCAUACAGUACACCUGGCAGCAUCACUGCUACUGUAUCUUUACCCAUCACCUCUGAAACAGCUGGAAACUAUACCUGCAUCCUAAUGCUGAUAAAUGGGAAGACCAUCAUGAUAACCCAGGAUCUGGCACUGCCGUCUGAAGAGCAUGUCGGUGUCACCACCUCCUCCCUGCUCCCUUCUCUCUCUGCUUUAUUACUCCUGGUGCCCCUGGUUGCUGGGUCUGUCGGUGUGUUGCUAUGGAGACAGAAACACAUUUCUGAUCGCGGUAUUGAGCAGUCUCUAUCUGUUCACUCGGGCGAAGCAGAGAACAUCUAUGAGAAUCCUGAGGAUAUCAGACAGGCUCCUCCCCAGGGCUCAGUCUACAUGGAUUUGAAGCCAAGAGGAGAGAAUGAUAUCUAUAAGGAACUGGAUCGAUACGAGCAGUGUCAGAACUGAUCACCUACCCACAUCUAAUCCUCAUCUAACUGUCACAUCCACUCAGGUCCCAGCUGUAGCAGAAGGACUGUAUAAGCAAAAUUAACAACUGAAUGUUGGCAUUGGGACUUGAAGGAAAACUUCAGUGCUUCAGGGAACUGCUACUAAAUUGUUUCAAUAUUUUAUAUUCUAAGAUAUUGCAUUAUAUAGAUCAUUUGAAACUGAUUUGCUUUAAUGUUGUGUUUUAACACUGGACACAGAAAAGAAGGGAAAAGAAUUUCUCAUAAAGCUCUGGAACUUGUUUCAAAUGUGUGGAAGGUAAUACAUAUUAUUUUAUGACACUUUGUUUUACUUGGUUAAACAUUUUACCUAUAUGGAUAUCUGUAUUUAAUCAGUUGAAUUGAAGAAUUAUUCAGAGCCUUUGCAUAAGUAAAUGUAGCAAUAACUCACUAAAACAAUAUUUAAGUGUCACUUAAGUCAAAAUACAUACAGUAUGU